GUCUCUCUCUCUCUCUCUUGUUUCUUGUCCUUAUUCUCCCUUUUUUUUUUUUUUGAACAGGGUCCUUAUUCUCCCUUCUUCCCACGAAAAAAUGGUGAUGCUAGAUAAGGGCCUCUCGAUCCCCCUGAACGCGAAGCUCACCGGCUCGGGCACCGAGACGGUGGUUCUUGCUCACGGUUUCGGAGCAGACCAGACCAUGUGGGACAAGAUCCUCCCCGUCUUGUCCCAGCAUUUCAGGGUCCUCGUCUUUGACUGGGGCUUCUCGGGAGCUGUCAAGGAGCAAGAAGGUCUGUUCGACCCUGUGAAGCACUCGUCCUACGAAGGUUUCGCCUGUGAUCUGAUCUCUCUCCUCGAUGAACUCGACCUCAAGUCCACAGUCUUCGUCGGCCACUCCAUGUCCGGCAUGAUUGGUUGCAUUGCCUCUGUGAAGAGGCCUGACCUCUUCGAGCGCCUCAUACUCCUUGGUGCUUCUCCUAGGUACUUAAACACGGACGGCUAUGAAGGCGGAUUUGGGACCGCUCAGAUUGAUCAGAUCCUAUUGAGCAUAGAGUCUGACUACAAUGAAUGGGCACCCAACUUUGCUUCUCUAGUGGUGCAUCCGCAUGAUGCCCUCUCGGUGGAGAUGUUCACCGGGUGCUUGAGAAGGAUGAGGCCUGAAGUCGCGCUUUCCUUAGCCAGGACGGUUUUCUUGUCUGACCAUAGAGAGGUCCUCGGGAGAGUGACGACCCCGUGCACUAUAAUUCAGACCACCAACGACGUCAUUGUGCCGAACUCGGUAGCCCACUACAUGCGUGACAAAAUUCAAGGGAAAUCAACGGUCGAGAUGAUCGAAGCCGAUGGCCAUUUCCCUCAGCUCACCGCACAUCUGCAGCUUCUCGAUGUGUUGGGUGGAAUCUUGGGUUUUGAGUAUGAUUAGCAGAUAAUUAAGCUCUUAAGUGUUUGAUUAUAUAAUUAUACCCUAGACUGGACUAGAAUUACAUUCUUUCUUUUAUCCUUGAGACUCUUUUUUUUUUUU